CAUUGAAGCAACAUCGAAUCAUCAAUGAGGUAAAACGAUUUUUUCCAGAGAAGCUAUUAAGGAAUUUCUCCAAUCUUUUUACAUAAUGUACAAUAAAAACCUCUGAUCAAAUUGUGAGAACAAGUCUAUGAUUUAUUUAUAGAUUCUCAAGGAAGAGAUUAAGGAUAUGCAUGGCCUCCAAAUACAUACGAGUAUACCGCAGGCAUAAAUUUUAUUUCUUAGACGAUUGUUAAAUUAAUUUUACAAAGAAAAUAUUCAAUAUAAUGAUUUUAGUGAAGCUAAUAAUGAACAUCCGAAUCCUUGUUUUAAAAAUUUUUCAAGAAUUUAUUCGAGAUCUUUAAGAAUUUUUCAAUUUUGAAUGAAAACAAUUUUAAAUUUUUGCCGUAUAUUCGAAAUAACUUAUUGUUUGACGAGUCCAUUAUUAACUGAAACUCUAUUCAAGAUCUAGAGAUCUUGCACAAAUUUUGUAUAUUUUAUAUAAGUUGUAAAUCUGAUAAACAAAGUUAUAAAAAAAAAUUUAUAAAAAGUAUGAGUGGAAUAAGAGUAAUAUUUUAUUAAUUAAAGAAAUGCGCUUUUUACAUUCAUAGUCAAUUCAAUUAUUAAAAUGUUGAAAAGAUAAUUUAAAAAUUAGAAAAAAAUAUUAGAAUAUUAAUAUUAUUUCCCAUGAAGUAGUACAGAAUUGUAAUAUCUAAAUGUUAAUUGAAUGCACAUUUUUCACAUUAGUACAGAAAAUUCAGCUAGGAAUUAAGGCACAAACAUCCAGUAUAUAUUGCCAGAAAAAAAGUUGAGUGAGUGCACCUAACCAUAUACAUACAUUGCGUAGAGAUGUCUCUUAAUUUCUACUGAACCUGAUUAGUCACUAGAAAGGAACAACGACGUAAAAACGAAAUUCCUUUGCAGUCUAAAAUUGCAAAUUAUCAAUAAAUAUCGAAAUAUGACCAGAAAGAAUUAAUAAAUUAAAAAUUACCUAGAAGUACCACCAAGUUAGAUAACACAAUUUAACAAAUAUUUUUUUAAUAUGCUGUGUAAGAAAAUAAUUUUUUUUAUUGUAUAUAAUACAUAUUGCAAGAAAGAUUAAUUUAAUUAAUAAUUAAAUAUAUAAUGAAAAUUGUGUGCUACUCAAGAUGAUGCUUAAAAUAUCAUAAAAAUUCUUGGAAAAAGAUAAUAUAGUACAGCAUUUCUCAGCUUUCACAUUGGUUUCUGACAAUUGAUCUUAUAAAAGUCUUUUUAUAAGAUUAAUUUUAUUUAAUUUUACCAUUUUAUACGAGAAAAAUCUAAUGUUGAUUUGAAAAUACCUUUGAUCUUUUAUAAGAUAAAAUUAUACAGAAAUUUUGAAAUAUUUAUAUAUAUAAGUUCUGAAAAAUUGUAAAGAAAUUUAAAGAAAAAUUUUCAUCAGCAGAAAGGUUUAUCCCUGUUGUAUCUAUUUACAAUAAAUAAUUUAGAGAUAAAAAAAAUUAUCUGGAUCACACACAAAUGAACGCCCUCUGUUUAGUUUUCUCAUGAGUUGAACGAUACAAUGUUGAAUGCAGCAGAGGACUUAUAUCAUAUGAGCAUAUAGGCGUAAACAGCAAAUAGGCGUAUAAUGUCUAGUCACGCGUCACACCUGAUUAAACGUGUGUCACAAAACGAAAAACACAUUUUGCUUACACACUAAGUUUGUGCCUUUUCUUUUAAAUCGAUUCUGACCUUUAGUUCGUGAACGUGAUGAAGCAUUCGUAAACUUUGCUCCUUGGAAGGUGGAGAAGGAGAAUUGUCCGUCACACAACAAAGCAUCAUACUCAUCAUCAGUUUGAUUCAUAGCGAUCGUGCAUCAAGCAUGGAUCAUCAUCAUCUAAUGGGUGAUCCUGAACCACUUUUCACUAAUAAUCUACUCCUGUCAAAUGGACCAAGUCCUUUGCAUGCGUCUAACAAUGAAUCUCGAAGAGGUGCUGGUAUUUUGGGGACAAUUUUUUUGAUUGUGAACACCACAUUGGGAGCAGGAUUGUUGAAUUUUCCUCAGGCCUUUGACAAGGCUGGUGGGGUAGGAACCUCUGUCGUGGCACAGCUUGGCUUUCUUAUACUGAUCACAGCUGCUCUGGUGAUAUUGGCUAGCUGUAGCAAUAGUACAGGCACUGAUACUAUGCAGGACACAUUUGCUGAAUUAUGCGGAUCCAAGUCGCUUGCCUUCUGCGGAGUCUGCGUGACUAUUUACAGCUUUGGCUGCUGCUUAACCUUUCUAAUAAUCGUUGGCGAUCAGUUUGACAGAGUAUUUGCCACAUAUUAUGGUCUCGACUAUUGUCAUAUGUGGUACUUAUCCAGGCCAUUUGUAACAACUUUAUCUUGCAGUAUAUUCAUCCUGCCUUUGUGCUUUUUUAAAAGAUUAGAUGUUCUAAGUUAUGCAAGUACUAUUGGUUGCAUAACUAUUGUGUAUGUCGUAUGGUUGAUUAUUUACAAAAAGUUUGACGAGCAAAAUAACAUUGUAUCACCUAUAAAAAUCUGGCCAGAUAACGAAUACGAGGUUCUGCAGAUAAUACCCAUCAUUUGUUUCGCUUAUCAGAGUCAUAUGACAGCGAUACCGACCUAUGCCUGUAUGAGAGAUCGCAAUCUGCGCAAGUUCAGUGUAUGUGCCGUCGUCAGCAUGCUGAUUUGCUACGUCAUGUACAGCGUCGUCGGCUAUUUCGGCUAUGCUACGUUCGGCAGCGGCAAAGUCCCGAGCGAUAUUUUACAAGGCUACACCGAUAAGAGUACCACGGUGACCGUGGCGAUAAUCGCAAUCGCAGUCAAGAACUUCACUACUUAUCCCAUCGUGCUGUAUUGCGGCCGAGAUGCACUUCUCGGUAUCUUCGACGUGAGCCUCGAUCGAAUUGGCGUUCGCGUCAUCGUCACGUUGAUAUGGUUUGUUCUGUCGUUGGUUAUCGCCAUUCUUGUGCCAGAUAUCUCACCAGUCAUUAAUCUAUUGGGAUCACUCUCUGCAAUGUUUAUUUUCGUGCUACCGGGCAUCUGUCUCCUACAAAGCGUAUUUCUUAAAGACCCAGAACUGUACUUGAAUAAAGAUCGUCUGUUGAUCGUCUUCGCGAUCUUCCUGACUGCACUUGGAGCCUUCGUGUGUGGUGUUGUGUUUAUGGAGGCUCUUCAAAAUUUACAAACUCCGACUAAACCGCCAUUGGUUACCAGCUUCAGACAACUUAGACUUAGAGAGAGUUUGUGCGUUUGACUGUGUCUACAUUCGAACAACACUCGAGAUAUAUUAUACAUUAGACACUGAGAAAUUGAGAGAUUUACCUUAUCGUUGGUAACGAUCCAUCAAUGACGUGCCAUGCUCUCUAUAGAUCUCACAUGCAAUUCGAUUUGAAUAAGACUGGAAAAGCUGUUUUGCAAUUCAGCAAUGUUUUACUUUAUCUUUAACGUUACGUUGAGAUAGAAAGAUAUAUUAUAUAGUUCAAAUGUCAGGAAAAGACUGAGAAAUAAUGUAUACAUGUGUAAAAUUUUGUCAAUUUUAUCAAUCAAUUCAUUUGCGUGCGAAAUGGCGUAAAAGUAAUUUUUUUAUACUUUUGAUGUCUUCCAUCGCCAAUUGAGCAUGUGCUCAAUAUAGUACAUAUUGGUAUGUUAAUUUGUGAAUGUAUAAAAAUAAAAAACUUUGUGAUACUUUA